CCCCGACUGUAUGUAAAAAGAGCUCGUUCGAAGCCAUUUUCCGAUCGAAUUAGAAGAAAAUCAGAUCUCCUUCUCAUUUGAGUGGAUCGGAGCUCGCUCGAGAUCGUAACCAUGCCCGUAGCAGCUUCUGCAAUCUACUUUCUCAAUCUUCGUGGCGAUGUACUCAUCAAUCGCCUCUAUCGUGACGACGUCGGUGGCAACAUGGUAGAUGCUUUCCGAGUGCAUAUAAUGCAAACAAAGGAACUUGGCACUUGUCCUGUGCGGCAGAUUGGGGGAUGCUCUUUCUUUUACAUGAGAAUCAGCAAUGUUUACAUUGUAAUUGUUGUUAGCAGCAAUGCAAAUGUUGCUUGUGCCUUCAAGUUUGUUGUUGAGGCAGUCACAUUAUUUAAAUCUUAUUUUGGUGGAGCUUUUGAUGAGGAUGCUAUACGCAAUAACUUUGUUUUGAUUUAUGAACUGUUGGAUGAAAUCAUGGAUUUUGGGUACCCUCAAAACCUCUCCCCCGAAAUCUUGAAGCUUUACAUAACUCAGGAAGGUGUACGCUCUCCAUUUUCAUCAAAGGCUGCUGACAAACCAGUUCCAAAUGCAACUUUACAAGUUACUGGUGCUGUUGGAUGGCGCAGGGAAGGCCUCGUGUAUAAGAAAAAUGAGGUCUUUCUUGAUAUUGUGGAAAGUGUCAAUCUUCUCAUGUCUUCGAAAGGUAGUGUUCUACGCUGCGAUGUAACUGGGAAGAUCCUUAUGAAAUGCUUCCUUUCUGGGAUGCCCGACUUGAAGUUGGGAUUAAAUGAUAAAAUUGGGCUUGAGAAAGAGUCGCAACUUAAAUCCCGUCCUGCUAAGAGUGGGAAAACUAUUGAGCUUGAUGAUGUCACUUUCCAUCAAUGUGUAAACCUUACAAGAUUCAAUUCAGAGAAGACCGUCAGCUUUGUUCCUCCUGAUGGUGAAUUUGAAUUGAUGAAGUACCGUAUUACAGAGGGGGUUAAUCUUCCAUUUCGUGUUCUUCCGACUAUCAAGGAAUUGGGCCGAACACGAAUGGAAGUGAAUGUUAAGGUGAAGAGUGUUUUUGGGGCAAAAAUGUUUGCACUAGGUGUGGUUGUUAAGAUACCAGUACCCAAGCAAACAGCAAAAACAAGUUUUCAGUCAUGGAGGACAGAAGCCGUAAAUGGUUUCUGUAAUUUCACUGCAGAACCACAGAUGACCAACAUUGAUAGAUGCUUGAAGCGAUUUGUUAAGUUACUAUCCAUAUCCAUUAAUAAGUUUGAUCAUGGCAAUGGUGCUUGCUUUGCUAGGAUAAGAAAAUUUCCUGGACAAACUGAACCAACAUUGAGUGCUGAAGUAGAGCUAAUAUCAACAAUGACCGAGAAGAAGUCGUGGACUCGGCCUCCGAUUCAGAUGGAAUUUCAGGUUCCCAUGUUUACUGCAUCUGGAUUGCGUGUUCGUUUCCUCAAGGUAUGGGAAAAGAGUGGAUACAAUACUGUGGAAUGGGUUCGUUACAUCACAAAAGCUGGUUCCUAUGAAGUUAGGUGCUAAAAUACAACUGUUGUGUGUGCCUUAAUUCAUGGCUUUUUUGGGGUCGACACAAAUUGCCUACAUGAGUAGCACUUGGAAUCUCCAUCCAACUACAAGAUGUAUUUGAUAUACAAAACUUACGAGAUUGAUGUUUAUGGCAGCGCAGUUGAUACACUCACAAAUUCUACAAUUUUCCGGAACUUUCUUGUAUAGUGUAGAUCUUCUUGCUUAGGAUUUGCCGAGUGUGAGCUUACGUCAUAUUUUCUAUUAUGUGUUGGCACCUAUUUGCGCGAUGAUUCAUGUUUGCGUGGGAAAAUAUUGUGUUUUUUUUUUUAUUAUGAGAAUAGUUUAAAUGAUUGGGAGAUCUCCAUCUAUGUUGUAUUGUUUGCUGCAAAAUGUUGUACAUUUACGGUUUACCUUCUUUCUGGAUCAUACCUUAUAUUGAUGUUUUUCGUUGAUACAGAUGUUCUUUUGUUUUUUGUGAAAAGAAAAAAAG